GUGCCAUCUUUGUGCAUGCCUUUCUAUCUAAAAAACAAACAAACAAACAAAAAAACAACAAAACUUUCAGAGAAAGAAGAGAUCCUGUUGGAUGUGACCUCUCGGCUUUGGUUCACCUACAGAAAGAACUUUCCUGCCAUUGGAGGAACUGGUCCCACAUCUGAUACAGGCUGGGGCUGCAUGUUGCGGUGUGGCCAGAUGAUCUUUGCUCAGGCCUUGGUCUGCAGGCAUUUGGGAAGAGACUGGAGGUGGAUAAAAGGCAAGAGGCAGACAGAUAAUUACUUCAAUGUUCUUAAUGCCUUCAUUGACAAAAAAGACAGCUAUUACUCCAUUCACCAGAUAGCCCAGAUGGGAGUUGGAGAGGGGAAAUCCAUCGGUCAGUGGUAUGGACCAAACACAGUUGCACAAGUGCUUAAAAAACUUGCCACUUUUGAUACAUGGAGUUCACUGGCAGUACAUAUAGCCAUGGAUAACACUGUUGUGAUGGAAGAAAUCAGGCGGUUGUGCCAGUCCAACUUCUCCUGUGCUGGAGCUGCAGCGUGUCCUACUGUAGAGGCAGACGUGCUCUAUAACGGGUACCCAGAGGAAGCAGGGGUUAGAGAUAAGCUCUCACUGUGGAAACCAUUGGUGCUGCUGAUACCUCUCCGCCUUGGGCUCACGGAGAUCAAUGAAGCCUAUAUUGAAACACUAAAGCACUGCUUCAUGAUGCCCCAGUCCCUCGGAGUGAUCGGAGGCAAACCAAACAGUGCUCACUACUUCAUUGGUUAUGUAGGUGAGGAGCUCAUUUACCUGGAUCCCCACACUACACAGCCUGCAGUGGAGCCCAGUGACAGUGGCUGUCUCCCUGACGAAAGCUUCCACUGCCAGCACCCUCCCUGCAGAAUGAGCAUCGCUGAGCUCGACCCCUCCAUCGCAGUGGGCUUCUUCUGCCACACAGAGGAGGACUUUAAUGAUUGGUGCCACCAAAUCAAAAAGCUGUCCCUGGUGAGAGGAGCUCUGCCCAUGUUUGAACUGGUUGAACGCCAGCCAUCACAUUUCUCCAACCCCGACGUUCUGAAUCUCACACCAGACUCCUCCGAUGCUGACAGAUUGGAAAGGUUCUUUGACUCAGAAGAUGAAGACUUCGAGAUCUUAUCCCUUUGAAAACAAAUAGGAAACUGACUCUGCAAAUUUGUGUUAUGUGUGGGGAGAAGUGGGGGGAGGGAAGCUCCUUGGAGAGCCUGGGGCUACCGGUUUUCAUAGGUGCUUGCUGCCAUCCCUGCCUCUUGUCCAUCCUGGCAUUCUGUGCAGCCUCUGAGUGGAGCGUGCAUUGUCUGCGUUGGGAUGAAGAACAAAGUGGGUGUUGCAGCCUUACUGGCUGGAGUUGGGAUUUCUCAGCAGAAAAUGCCUGCUGGAAGUGGAUGCAGUGGUGCCUCGGAGUUCAAAGCCUAUCUGUUACAUCAGCAGGUCAGUUGGCCUUCUGGGGGAGCCAUAGAAAUUUUUAGAGCGCUAAAUCCUUACACGGGAACUUCUCUCUGAAGCUUAAAUAGAGCCACCCCUCAUUUAGUAGGUGACAUGUAUAGUUAUUUCCUUUAGCAGCUUCUCUUCUCAGUGGCCAGUUUGGACUGCAGCUCACAAUGCAAAUUAACAGUAACACGUCCCAGUGAGACAGCUGGGAAGUACAGAGACAGUGGCUCUGUUUCCUACAGUGAAACUCCUGUCCAUGCUUUGCAGUGUACAGCACUUUCUCACAGGUAUAGCAGCCCUCUCCUGCUCACAUCCUGUCAAAAGGGAGCUGGGGUAACUUAUGAAUGAGUGGUAAUUCAAAAAGGCUGUCUGGGAAAGUAUGGACCUGUGCUGCUGGAGAGGAACAUCACCAUCUCAACUAACAGCAGAAGGAAGGGAAGAAUAGAAAAUGUGUGUGUUCUAGCAGAGUGAGUUGGUAACACACUGUGCUUCUACUAUGGAUUUAUGUCCAUACCAAGUAUCUUCAGGAAAGGUGCUUUGCGCAAAGAACUGGAAUCCACGGCCCUGAGGGGAAAAAAAGCCCACUGCAGGGGAGAGGUGAAACAGGACAACUGAGAUCUGCCAGCCGCAUGUCCCAUUGUGCAGGCAUAGCAUCUAGUGAAUAAUCCUGUUGAAGUA